AUGUUGAGCCGACUCAGUUUACUGUCAACUUUUUUUUCAGCAGCCAAACCAUCUCUGCUUAAUCAGGUGGCAUAUGGAUUGAGUUUUCUUGAAGCAUUCACCACAACAUUCCUGAAGCCGGUAGAAGCUGGAAUCCUGUCAAAAUCAAGAACUCCAACCAUUAACUUUGUAUUAGCAACACAAGCACAAGCAAUGCAGUCUCCAUGUAGAAGUCUCAAAUUUAAUGAGUUUCAAAUGUUGGAAAGACAAAUUAAGCAGCUACAAGAACUUCAGAGGCAAAAACAACUACAAGAAUUAAAUGAUGCCCAUCAGCAAAAUGCCAUUCAUCAUAAUAAGUAUUCCUCUGUGACUCAAUAUGGAAUGCUAAAUAAUGGUGUGCAAGUUCGUGAUGCAUCCCAAAUGUUUGUGUUUGGUGACACAAAUUUGGUUCAUGGAUUACCAAACAGAUUGGUAUAUUCACAGCCUCAAAAUCAAGUUCUGCAUGCUCAGUUUCAAGGACAUUUUUUUUCUCAAGGUGGAGGUCAAACAAGGAAAGCCCAGAAAGUCAAUAACCAAGAUAGAUAUAAAGAGUUCUGUGGAAUUCAAGAAAGUGGAAUGGAAUAUGUGAGUGGGAAUCAGGAUUUGGCUACUUUGGAUCCAUUAGAACAGAAGGUUUUGUUCAAUAUGGGAGAUAACAUGUUUGACAAGACAAAAAAGUCUUCUCUUCAAAGUGGGAGUUGGAGUGCUCUUAUGCAGACUGCUGUUGCAGAAGCCUCUAAUGGUGAUUCUGGUGUACAAGAAGAGCGGAGUGGGUUGAGUUUUCAGAAUCCAGAACUCUCAAAUGAAAACCAGCCUUCAAAUAUGGUGGAAUUGGAAAGUGGGAAACAGCAAACUCCAUGGCUGUAUAACAAUUUACCAGAGGAGGUAACUUUUAGAAACAGUGAUUGUUCUGGUAUGUCUGAUUUCUUGGACAGAUCAACUGUUUCAGUGAAGAAGGAAGAUGGUGAAAAAAAGUCAACUUUUGAGGUCAAAACAGGAAUUGGUCAACAGGUUGCAUCUUCAAGAAGACAAUCGAAUAAAUGGGUGGAUGUACCUAUGCAACAAAACCCUCCUACUCCUAGUACCUCAUAUCCAGCAAAUAGGAAGAUGGAAUCUGGUAAGAUGCACCAAAGUGGUAAUCAUGGACAUGCAGUUUCUUCAUUUGGGUGUUCUUUGAAACAAGCACCCAUGAACUAUGAUCCCAGGAUCAUAAAGAAAGAAAGGGUGGAAUAUGACGAUAUAGUCCCUCAAGUAACCUCACUUUCCCAUUUCAAUCCUGCUUGUGGGAAUUAUAAAAGUCAACCCAUUUCAUCAUCUGCAACACGUUCAUCUUCCAUUUAUUUGCAGCAGUUAGAUGUGGCUAAAAAGAAUAUGGUUGUUUUAAAAUCAAAAAAGAGAAAAGUUUCUACAUUUGAACAGCUUCCAUGGUAUAAAGAAGUAACUGAAGGUUGUACAAGGCUUCAUGAUACCAGCAAUGCUGAGCUGGAAUGGGCACACUCUGUAAACCGGAUGCCUGAAAAAGUAGCAGACUUGAUGUCAAUUGUUGACAGAAAGAGAAGAAGACUUAUCUUAACAACACAACUUAUGCAAAUGACUUCUAGAAGCAGUGUUGAACAGGGUAGUCUUUUAAAAGUUGUAGAAGGUUUUAUCGAUAGAUCAAAGAGGCUGGAAGACAUGUUAUUGAGGUGGGAGAAAGAAGGAUCUUCGAUUGUUGACAUAAAGGUGGAGUUUCAAGAUUUGGAAAAGUUUUCAGUGAUCAAUCGUUUUGCAAAGUUUCAUAGUCGAGGGCCAUUGGUUACAACAACUGACACGUCAUCAUCUGGUGGAGCCUCUUCCACUAUGCAGAAACUUAACCCUCAGCGAUAUGUUACAGCUAGUGAAAUGCCCAGCGUAGUGCCACAAGGGCAAUAUUGUCUUCCACUAUGAUAAUUAGUUUGAUACACUCCCUUCUCCACCCUCCAAUUCAUCCUAGUGCUUAUGUUUGUC